UCAUGGGUAAUAAAUAUAAUUUCCCUUCUCGCUCUGCGGGAUGAGGGACCAUCGUACUUCAGCAAAUCUUCCUGAGUUUUGACCGAAUGUUGUGAAAACGCCCCUGAUCGCGACUUUAGUGGACUAAAACAUCAUUGGUGCAGUCUUCGUGUCCGGUUGGAGUCGUCUCGUGCACGUCGAAGCUUCUCGGCCUAGCUUAGCUUAGCUUAGCUUGCUCACGAAGAGACGGGUUUGCGAUCAACAGCAAGCAUAAGGUAAAAUGUUCUUCUUUCCGCCACCUACGAGUAAGCAGUGGGGACCUCAAUAUCUGAGACUAACACUAAAAUUAGGUUUAAAAACACCAACAAUUACGUUCUAGCUUUGUUUGUCUGAGAUACUGAAAUAAUAUUCUGUAACAAUGAUAUUCUGCAUCAUUGUUAUUAUCUUAAUCUGAUUUCUGAAUCCUUUUGUUGAAUAAUGUCUACAAUGUUUCAUCACAAAUUGUCUCUCCUGAAGUAAAAAUGUUGCUGUUGUCUUCAUCUGUUAUCUCUUACAGUGCAUAAUUACGUUUUACCGUUUCCUUUUGUUGACUUUGGUGCUUUGCCAUUUUAACUAUCGCACUGUUUAACCCACAUUGUCCAAAUCUUAAUCUUUAAUUGUUUCGCAUGUUCGAUUUGCACUUGCUUUUCUCAUCCCGCCAACGUAGAGCGGAAAGUGUUGCGAUCGUCGUGUGAAAAUGUGUGCAAGAAGGACAGCAGAGUACGAGGAGGAACUUUGGGGCCCAAAAGAGGAGAAGGAGCCACAACGUCAACUGCUGGACGCUGCGUUCAAUCUGCAACCUCAAACUGUGCAACGCAGAGCAGACGUCAGUGAAGAUCUUCAUCCAGAGCGGCAGCAGUCAGUGUCCCCUCACAUCAAACAGGAAGAGGAGGAUGAAGAGGUUCAACACAUCAAAGAGGAGGAGGAAGUGUUCCUACUCGUUAAAGAGGAAGAGCAGGAGGAAAUCAUCAAAGUUCCAUCCACUGGUGUCCCUUUGAAGAGUGAAGAUGAAGGUCGAAGUGAGGAGAGACGAGGGGCGGAGCCUCCGAGCAGGAACUGCUCAAGUGAUGGAGACCACUGUGGAGGAUCACCAACAGACGGUGAUGAUGUUGAUGAACAGUCGGAAGGUGAUACGACAUGUCACACUGCCAACAAAUGCUGGAAAUGUUCCCAGUGUAGGAAAACGUUUGCUUCUGAGAGCAAUUUCAAACAACACAUGAAAAUACACACAGGAAAGAAAACAAAUUCCUGCUCAGUUUGUGGUCAAAGAUUCUCGGUCAAGGGAAACUUAAAAACACACGCAAGAACCCACACUGGUGAGAAACCGUUUUCCUGCUCAGUUUGUGGCCAAAGAUUCUCUGCAAAGGGAAACUUAAAAAUACACACAAGAACCCACACUGGUGAGAAACCUUUUUCCUGCUCAGUUUGUGGUCAAAGAUUCACUCAGAAGGCACACUUAAAAAUACACACAAGAAUCCACACUGGUGAGAAACCUUUUUCCUGCUCAGUGUGUGGUAAAAGAUUCAAUCAGAAGGGAGAUAUAAAAAUACACACAAGAACACACACUGGUGAGAAACCUUUUUCCUGCUCAGUUUGUGGUAAAAGAUUCAAUCAGAAGGGUGAUUUAAAAAUACACACAAGAACCCACACUGGUGAAAAACCUUUUUCCUGCUCAGUUUGUGGUCAAAGAUUCUCCGUGAAGGAAAGCUUAAAAAUACACACAAGAACCCACACUGGUGAGAAACCAUUUUCGUGCUCAGUUUGUGGUCAACGAUUCUCUGUGAAGGGAAACCUAAAAAUACACACAAGAACCCACACUGGUGAGAAACCUUUUUCCUGCUCAGUUUGUAGUCAAACUUUCUCUGAGAACAGAACCUUAAAGCUUCACACAAUAACCCACACUAGUGAGAAACCUUUUUCCUGCUCAGUUUGCGGUCAAAGAUUCUCCGUAAAGGAAAGCUUAAAAGUACACACAAGAACACACACUGGUGAGAAACCUUUUUCCUGCUCAGUUUGUGGUCAAAGAUUCUCUGUGAAGGCAAACUUAAAAAUACACACACUAACCCACACAGGGGAGAAACCUUUUUCCUGCUCAGUUUGUAGUCAAACCUUCUCUGAGAACAGAACCUUAAAAAUUCACACAAGAACCCACACUGGUGCGAAACCUUUUUCCUGCUCAGUUUGUGGCCAAAGAUUCUAUUAUAAGUAUCAAGUUAAGACACACAAGUGUGCUGGUGAGAAAAGCAGUGAUCAAGAAGCUUUUCAUGCAAGUGUAAAUGUUGAAUAUACAAGUCAUUACUGUGUUACUGACUGACAAAAAUCGACAUUCUUUUAAUCUGUGCAGCAGCUUUUAUUGUAUCUAUCUUUCUAUCUUCUUGUCCAUGUAUUUUCUAAAAGCUCCGUGAGUGUUGAGAAUGAACGCUGGUGCCAAAAUACAUUAAAGGGACAAGCGAAAGGGGGUGGGAAAGCGGGUGGCUAUCGCUGAGUUGAGCGGGUCGUCCAGUGACCGAAGGCUCGCCGGUUCGAACCCCGGCUCCGACUGUCCGUAUGUGGAAGUGUCCUCGGGCAAGACACCGAACCCUAAUUUGCUCCCAGUGAGCCUGGCAGCGCCUUGCACGGCAGCAGCCGCCCAGUGGUCUACGAAUGUGUGUGUGAAUGGGCGAAUGUGAGGCUUUGUCGAGCGCUUCGGGCACUGUAAUGGUGUAGAUAAAGCGCUAUAUAGGUGCAGUCCAUUUGACAUUUACCAAAGGUGAGAACAUGAACACUUAUUCCAUAGUCCUGGACUUAUAAAUGAUGUCUACAGGAAAAAGAAAACCUCCAAAAUAAACUUUUAGUAUCAUUUACGAAUGAAAUAUUUGAUUUUCAGUGGGUUUGGGAUUCUCUGGCACGAGGCCGAUUCGAUACGUAUCGAGAGGCACGCGUAGUGAUUCGAUGAAAAAAACAAUCUUUACGGGCAGAAUAAUUCGAUUCGAUUCGAUUCAGUAUGGGAGCGAUACAAUUCUCGAUUCGGUGCGGAUUUGGUGCAGAAAAAAAUGUGAUGGCUAACAUUUGCAAAUGUACUAAUUCUCAAUUCUAAUACCAAUUCUCUAAAAUAUUUGUCUAACCUUAUUUUCAAAUCUACAGUAAAAGACCACUUAACCCUGAGCAUUGUAGCUUUAUGGCACUGUAAAAAAAAAAAAAAAUAAUGACAUAUUCUUUUAUUUAAAUAUGUAAUCAUUUAAAUAGACCACAACAAUAAAUGUGGAAGAUUUUCUCCCCACAAAGUCUGCACAAGCGACAUUUAAAGAGCCUUGAGUAUUUCAGUCGUGAUUACAGGCCUAGUUCAACUGGCGAUUGUUGUCUCGGUUUCGGACAUACCUGGCUGUGUGGUUUCUUUUUAGGGUCACACAGUACCAACUUGAGAAGAAGCAUUAGUUUGCUGAGUUACAGCCCAAGGAAAUUGCCGAGGUGUACCUCGCUUUGCCAUAUUGUUUGCAAUCUGUGUCGCACAUAUCGCCGCCGGCUCCGUUGUCGACUGCCGACUUGAGAUAAGGCCCGUAACGUGACGUCGCGUUCAAUGUUUACAACUGCUGGGGGGGAACGCCACUUUGCUCUCGCCAUGACUACGGAAGUAGCUUAACUACUGAAAAACGAUUUGCUAUUAUAAUAGUGACGCUACGGAGAAAUGUAGUUAAGGUAGUAGUGUCGCUAGUAUCCAGCACUGCUGUGUUUGGUUGUAAACGUAACAUUACCUCCGGAGCACAUUGCGAGACCUCUCGCACUUGUUUUAUGAGAUGAAAACCAUAAAUCCUCAGGCUACCGAAUCGUCGCCUUGCGAUAUAUCGGCGACGCAGCCGUCCAACGUACGCAUCGAAUUACUGCCCGGUUUUGUAUCGACAACGGAGUCUGCUACCGAUACGGCCGUAUCUCUCGGCUUGAACGGAUAUUCGCUCACACUCGCAACCCUAAUUUUCAACCAUAUUUUGGCCCACCCGCAUUUUGGACACUUCAGCCUGACACAUAACAAGCAGGAGCCAAUUGCAGUUCCUUAUUGAACUUCUGCUUCCCAUUUUUGCCCCGAUUGAAAUCCUGGGUGUAUUUUUUUUAUACAAUGAGUGAAAAGUGUGUAAUAUGUUAGAAGGCUUGUUUUAAAACAUCGCCCGUUGAAAUGGGGCCACACGGUGGACGACUGUGGUUAGCAUAUCUGCCUCACAGUUCCGAGGACCGGGUUUAAAUCCCGGUCCCGCCUGUGUGGAGUUUGGAUGUUUUCCCCGUGCCUGUAUGGGUUUUUGUCCGGGUACAACGGUUUCCUCACUAAAACGUGCACGGUAGGUCGAUUGAAGACUCUAAACUGCCCGUAGGUGUGAAUGUGAGCGUGAAUGGUUAUUUGUUUAUAUGUGCCCUGCGAUUGGGUGCGCCGCCUCUGGCCCGAAGAUAGCUGGGAUAGUCUCCAGCACGGGCGGCCAUGACCCUAGUUGAGGAUAAGCGGUACAGAAAAUGGAUGGAUGGACUGUUGAGGAAAGACGACAGCCACGUCAUCCCACAUGAAAUAAUUGUUGCAGAUUUAUUUCCUCACAAAUCAGCAACAUUUUGAAUUCAUUGCAACACUAAUGUAUAGUAUAUGUAUGUAUAGAUCACAAAGGCGUUUCUGUAGACGAAAUUGUGUGACAGAUGUGGACUUCGGUUGGCUGUCGUAGCAUCGGACGACCCAUAACGAAGGUCUCCUGUCCCGAAACCGUGGCUGAUCUGAUUUAAGCUUAUCUGAUCCAUCAAAACAAAAAAUAUUGGGCUGAUUGUUGUAAUAUUUUCAGAGGUUUAAGCUGCCACGGGUAGAGUUGUUCGCAAUGUAAGAUAUAAUACGAACUCGAACAUAGCGGUGUUUGGAAACUCAAGCAAGCUGUAUUUAAAAUAAUAUAGAUAUAUUUCCUGAAAAGAAUUUUGAAGGUGGCGGGAUUCCAGCUGACAGCUAUGUUUAUAUAAAAUAUGUCUAUUAUGGCAAUGAAAAAGGGGCGUUCAAAAAGGAAUGAGUUAUUUACCAAUUGCUUCAAAACGUUUUGAUAUUAGUGGAAAUGACUGCCCGUUUAAUUUUCGAGAGCAAAAAAAAAAAGACAUGAAAUUACC